AUGCUCACGGCAGCAGCAGCAGCAGCAACAGCAGCAGUAGCAGCCGCAGCAACAGCAACACAAGCAACAGCAGCAGCAGCAACACAAGCAACAGCAGCAGCAGCAACAGCAGCAGCAGCAACAGCAGCAGCAGCAACAGCAGCAGCUAACAUGAAGUUGGGGAGCCAGAAGAAGAAGACAACUGGAGGCAGCGCUAUCCCGACCAUGCACCCCGCCAUCACCAUCUGCAGCAAACCAAAGCGCAGCAGCAGCAGCAGCAGCAGCAGGAGCAACACCAGCAGCAGCAGCAACAGCAGCAGCAGCAACAGCAGCAUAAAUAGAAGCAGCAGCAAUUGGCGUGAUGACGGGGAAGCAACAGCAAACGAUAAAUGCAUUUAG